UUUUACAAAUUUCUUGAAACAAGACUAUUUUCUUCGACUGGCCAUCAACUCGGAAAAUUCGAAGAAGUUAGCUCAUUUCUGUAAUAAUUUUGCCUUAAGAUGACAGAUAUCAGGAUUGUGCCUCUAGGGGCCGGUCAAGAUGUGGGGCGUAGCUGCAUACUCCUGACAAUAGGGAGCAAAAACAUCAUGUUGGAUUGUGGCAUGCAUAUGGGCUUCAAUGAUGAAAGAAGAUUUCCCGAUUUCUCCUACAUCAACAAGAAUGGCCGAUUGACAGACCAUUUAGAUGCUGUCAUCAUUAGUCAUUUUCAUCUAGAUCACUGUGGAGCCCUCCCUCACAUGUCAGAGAUUGUUGGUUACGAUGGACCAAUCUACAUGACACAACCCACCAAGGCUAUCUGUCCCAUACUACUUGAGGAUUACAGGAAAAUUACUGUUGAGAAGAAAGGAGAAACCAAUUUCUUUACGUCAGCUAUGAUCAAAGACUGCAUGAAGAAAGUUGUGGUGGUAAAUCUACAUCAAAUUAUCCAGGUCGACGAUGAGUUGGAGAUCAAAGCCUACUACGCCGGUCACGUUCUUGGAGCAGGGAUGUUCCAUAUCAAAGUCGGGCAACAGUCAGUCGUGUACACGGGAGACUACAAUAUGACACCAGAUAGGCAUUUAGGUGCUGCUUGGAUAGACAAGUGUAGACCAAACGUUCUCAUCACAGAAUCGACCUAUGCAACCACUAUCAGAGACUCAAAGAGGUGUAGGGAGCGAGAUUUCUUGAAGAAGGUUCAUGAUUGUGUAACUAACGGAGGGAAGGUACUCAUACCGGUCUUCGCCCUGGGUAGAGCACAGGAGCUGUGUAUUCUACUGGAAUCAUAUUGGGAGAGAAUGAACCUCAAAGCUCCAAUCUACUUCUCAACAGGGCUCACAGAGAGGGCGAACCAUUACUACAAGCUCUUCAUCACAUGGACCAAUCAGAAGAUAAAGAAGACGUUUGUCAAGCGAAAUCUCUUUGAAUUCCAGCACAUCAAGCCGUUUGACCGCGGGUACAUCCACAACCCCGGCCCAAUGGUCGUCUUCGCCACACCAGGCAUGCUCCACUCCGGCCUGUCCCUUCAGAUCUUCAAGCAGUGGGCUUCGGGAGAGAAGAACAUGCUGAUCAUGCCUGGAUACUGCGUGGCAGGGACCGUCGGUCAUAAGGUGCUCAGUGGACAGAAGAAGAUAGAGAUGGAAAAUAGACAAACGAUUGAUGUCAAGUUGUCUGUGCAAUACAUGUCCUUCAGCGCCCAUGCUGAUGCUAAGGGUAUCAUGCAGCUAAUCAGGAUGUGUGAGCCUAAGAAUGUGGUCCUGGUCCACGGAGAGGCCGGAAAGAUGGCCUUCCUCAAGGACAAGAUCUGCAAGGAAUUCAAGAUCGACUGCUUCAUGCCUGCCAAUGGAGAGAGCAUUAAUAUACCGUGCAAGACAAAUCUCAUGGCUGAUGUGUCGCUGGGAUUACUGAAGAGAAGCGCAUCUCUUGCAGGUAUCACAUCAGGUCCUCCCGAAUCCAAGAAAUGCCACACGAUGCAUGGAGCACUGGUCAUCAGAGAUGAGAGGAUCCAAUUAGAAGAGCCGUCUAAGGUCAUGCAGCAGCUAGGUCUGGUAGAGCAUGAUAUCAGAUUCACAUCCACUGUGUCUACAUCGGCGUCAUCCAUGGAAGCUCUCACCAAGAAACUCAAAAGGAGAUUCCCUCAAGAAUCUGUUCAGCUCAUGCCAGAUGCCUCCAUCAUGAUGGGAGCUAUACUUCUCAAGAUGUCUGCAGAAUCCGAUGACAAUUUAGAUCUUCUCGUCUCAUGGCCCUAUCAGGAAGAGGAACUUGGCAGCUCUCUUCUGAGCAUGCUGCAAUCACCAAAGACCUCCCAGGCCGAAUGAUGACAUCUGAAAAGAUCACAGAAUGAAAUGAAGGAUGGACAAACGAGAAGGAAGAUUGAACAGAGGAAAGAUGGACAAAAGGAGGAAAGAGAUAGGUGCAGAAGAAUGGAGAUGACAGAAAGAGAAAAACAAAUAGGGAUAAUGGAAUUAUUGAUGGAAUUUUUAAGUGAAUGAGUGAGAAUUUGAGGGAGGGAGGAAGAGAGUGAUGAAUGAGGAGAGAUACAGAGAAAGAGAUGGAAGGAGAGAGGAAGAGAGGGGAAGUGGGAGAAAGAAAUUUUAAUCUACAAGAGAAAGUAACAAUUUACAUU